AUGUCGAUUAGAGAAGGACGUGCGCCCAAUUCUAGUUCGCCGGAGUCCUUGAUGGUGGUGAAUCUCUCCACCUAUCGGAUUGAAGGCGAAUUCGAUGCUGGUGGCUGCGGCACGGUGUUGGUGGGCAGCCAUGCCCGCUCCAAGCAGCCGGUGGUGAUGAAAAUGGCCAGCAAAGAGGUGGACCGGCUCCUGCUCGCCACGGAGCGCCGGAUCUAUGCGCGGCUGCCGAAGGCCCGUGGAUGGCCCAGACUCAUCGACACCGGUACGUAUCGCAAACGCGACGUGCUGGUUUUGGAGCGCCUGGGGCCAUCCCUGCAGGACUUACUGAACUUGUGCGGAGGACGCUUCGGUCUGAAGACGGUUUCGCAGCUAGCGCUGCAACUGCUCGACAGGCUGGAAACAUACCACGAGCUGGGGUACGUUCACCGCGACCUGAAGCCGGACAAUGUCCUGCUGGGUCGCGGAACGACCCGCAAGACGCUGCACAUGAUCGACUUCGGUCUUGCCGAGCCGUAUCGGCACCCACGCACGGGGGAACACAUAGCGCAGGAUGCGUUUUUCCCGUUCGCCGGAACGAUCGAGUUUGCACCAGUGUUCGCUCAUCUGGAGUAUACACCGAGCAGGCGAGAUGACAUUUUGUCGCUCGCCUACAUGCUGGUGUUUUUGCUCCGCGGUGGCCUACCGUGGUAUGGUACCGAGGAGCGAUUUGAUCCGGACGAGGCACUGCUUCUGAAGUUGUGCAUUACGCCCAGCGAGCUGUGUAGAGGACUGCCGGCUGAGUUUCAGCGGUUGACCGAGUACGCGUUGCAGAUGGAAUUCUGCGACGCGCCGGACUAUACCGAGCUGAAGCGGAUGUUCCGGAAUCUGCUGCGCCAACAUUCCAUGCAGCACGAUUUGCAUUUCGAUUGGAACCGGUUUGGCUGCUAA